AUGGACGCCCCGUUUUCUCCCGCGGCGUCGUCCCCCGCGGACGGCGGCGAACUUUUCGUUGACAUGAUGUCGCAGCCGAGCCGCGCGUGUUGCUUUUUCGUUCACCUGGCGCGCCUACCGUUGACCCGCCGUCAGGUCAUACUCGGUCGGAAAGAGCAACUCUUGGAUUCGUUUCCAAACCCGCUGAAGCAGGUUCCCUGCCUGGUGGAGCGCGACGGGUUCGUCUUGCCGGAGAGCUCGGCGAUUCUCAAGUAUCUCGCAGACCGUCACGCGGUGGCGGAUCACUGGUACCCGCGUGAGCUUCGGGCGCGAGCGCGGGUCAACGCCGCGCUCGACUGGCAGCACUUCUCGCUGAGGAGGGGGGCGGCGGGCGUCACGUGGUUCUCCUUGAUUGCGCGCAACAUGGGCAUGAAAACCGACCCGGGUAUGGCUCGAGCCAUGCUGAAUGUGCUGCGCGGCGCGUUGGGAAAACUCGAGAAGACGUGGUUGACGGACGAAGCGCCGUUCAUGAUGGGUUCGAGCCAGCCCUGCAUCGCGGACCUGCUCGUCAGCGAGGAAAUCUUCAACCUCACGCUCCUCGAGGCGAUCGACGAGGACUUUGGGAUGCCUCCCACGCUAGAUGCGCUGCUCGGGGAGGAUCACCCGAGGAUCACCAGGUUCCUAGCCGCGUGUCAGGACCUGGACUGGACCGAGUGGAGGUCGAUACACGGCAUCCUGCACACCGCGCGGGACAAGAUGGCGGCGAAGAAAAAGACGAGGUCGAGGAUGUGA